UGUACCGCACAAAACAAAAAACGCAAAUAAAGUAAAACUAACAAUAAAUUGUAUAUAGAAAAUUUUUUAAUAAUGGAGGAGAAGUUAAUCGAGGCUGUAAAAUUGCACCCUUGUCUUUUUGAUAAAAGUUCACUUUUAUUUCGAGACAAAUUGUUGAAGGAGAAAGCGUGGGAAGCAGCAUCAAUUGCAACAGGAGCUCCAGUUGAACAGUGUAAGCAACGCUGGAAAUCGCUACGAGACCGUUUUGUGCGGGAGGUGGUAUUGCAGCAAUCGAAGACAGAUGAUGAUGCUGCGGAGGAGAAGAAUGAGUGGUGCUAUUUCGAAUUAAUGCGCUUUUUAACAAAGCACGUAAAUCCUAGAAAAACAAAAUUCAACCCGCAAUGGUCCAUCGACGACCAGCCAAACUAUAGUAAUUCACCUGGUUCACCACAGAGUGACCCGUAUGAAACCACAGAUUGCCAGUGGUUAGAAGCGCUGCACGGAGAAAGUGAACUAAAUGAAAGCCAAAGCAGCAUCGAGGCACCCAAACCCAAAAAAGCGUCAAAACGUAAACGGCUGAGCGUGGAGGCACCCGAAUGUUCGAGUAAUCCUUGUAGCAAUAGUGAGACGAUGUUUUCUAAUAAAGAUAAGCUCAAAAGUAAGGCAAUUUUAGCCAUGCUGGACGAACUUCUACAGAAAAAAUCGGAAGAAGUGCAGGAAAGCAAUGGAGCACACGAAAGUUUCAUUCGGCUUUGCGGUAUUAUCGAGAGAGUAAUCCCUGCUAAAGAGGAGUCUAAGAAUAAGGCAUUUUUAACAUUUUUAGACGAACUUUUGCAAAAGAAACCAGAAGAAAUGCAGGAAAGUUUGAAAAUGGAAAUUUUAAACCAUGUUCAUAAUUCUUAAUAUUCUUAAUUAUUCUUAUAUGUAUAAUUGUAAAUCGGUUGGAUAACUAUUAUUUUUUAAGAAUAUAUGAAUUAUUAGUAUAUAGGAUAGCCAUAUAC